AUCCAAAGAACCAACAAAAUCAACAACAUGAACGCAUUGGUCGCCGCCACUUUCGCCUUCUUGGCCGUCUCCGCAUCCGCCGCUCCCUCAGGUCAUGGCCUCGUCUGGGGAGGAAUCAACCCCCACGCCCUUAGCCCAGUCGGACCUUCUGGAGUAGUCACCGGACACGGAGCUUCUGGACCAUCCGGCGUGGUGACCGGAGCUGGCGCCGCUGGACCUUCUGGAAUCGUCACCGGUGCCCUUAGCCCAGUCGGACCUUCUGGAGUAGUCACCGGACACGGAGCUUCUGGACCAUCCGGCGUGGUGGUCUUGGUGGUCAUGGACUCGCGUUGGGUGCCCAUGGUUGGUAGUUUAUAG